CGCACCGCUGCCCUUCGCCAAUCGACCAAAACAUAUCGAUAACAAUAUUAGCUACACUUCCAGCUACGCCGAAGAUUUCGACCAUUGGCCACGAUUUAAUUAGGCAACCCGUAAACGAAAUGGCCGCUACAUUCGCCGAAGACCAGUACGGACGCAAAGUGGACCGUUGCCUGUCUGACACGCUGUUGAAGUUUGGCGGAGGCAUGAUACUUGGUUCGGUCUUUUCGCUUGUAUUUUUCAAACGCCGUGCUUGGCCCAUCAUCAUGGGAUCCGGGUUUGGCGUCGGUGUUGCCUAUAACAACUGCGAACGUUCCCUAAAUUCGGCCAAGUAAUUAAGAAUGUUUUGAAUUAAAUCAGCAAUGGCUUAGCAAUUGCCAACCAU